AUGCUGCCGUUCGUACACUCCGUGUCCAACGACUGGGCGUGCGACGUCAAGUACAUCAACCCUCUAUCCAAGCUAUCAAGUCUCCAGCUCUGCAAGUCCUGGAUCUCUCCCCUCGCGGAAGACGAGGUCGCCGAGUAUCUCGCAGGGAUCUUCCCUCUAGCCAGCAUCAAGCAUACCUUCUGCCCGACGCUCUGGGAACGGCAACACAGGCCGAUCGAAGUACAGGCGGGCGCAGUCAUUGAGCGGAUCAACUCCCUGAGGGAAGAGCUUGCUCCGAGUAUUGCCAGGUUGGCUACAGCAACGAAGAAUAUCGUCGGACAUGUCGGAAUGAACUCGACGCUCCAUAGUAUUGCGCUAGUGUGCCAUGCGUUUGUCGAGCCGGCAAACGACAGGCUGUGGGUCGAUCUAAAGGGUCUCAAGCCCUUGAUCAACUGUUUACCAGACUAUCUGGUAGGCGCAUCUCAAGCCUCUGACAAUGUCCUGACUAUCAUCAAACCUCCGUUGCCAGCCGACUGGCAGAGGUUUCGGUAUCACGCUCGCCAAGUGAAGUCCCUCCAUGUCUGUCACGAUAAUCACACCAAAUACGCGGUGGACGCAGCCGCUGUUGAGAUACUGGCGAGGUACUAUCCCGGCCCCAUUUUGCCUAACCUUGCGCACCUGGAUUGGGAUAGCUCGGCCCUCGCGAAAUAUGCUCCACUCUUCAUUCGGCAUACACUGAUUGCCUUCUGGUAUGAGCCUGCGAUGGAAGACGAAAUGCGCACUGUUCUCAAGCAUAUAGGAACGAAUGCACCCUCCCUCGAGCAACUGUGGUUUAGCCUUGCCGCUUGCCAGACAUUAGGUACUCUUGAUUCUGAAUUGUCGCAAACCAUCACCUCUCUAAGCCGCUUAACUACCUUUGCCUUUCACCAAACGGCGCCGCGAUCCGAUGUUCUCAUGCAUCUCUCCCGGUUCCGGCGUCUGACUACUCUCAAACUGCGUCUCUGCGCCGACUCAGACGGGAGCAUCCAAAACUCCCAGAGUUCUCUUACCUUGGGGAGGUCCCCUAAACUGAAAAACCUCGUAGUCAGCCUUGACAAUCUCACUCCUGCUUCAUUAAUUCUGCAGACAUUCUCAGGAUCGAGCCUCACUUCUCUUAAAAUCUACAUAACCCCACGAACUCCCGUCGAAGAUUUUGGACGAGUUACGUUAGCCAUCAGUCAUUUGAAGUGUCUGCAACUCUGUUCGAUACAGUUCCGGUUUUACGUCCUUCCAGGCGACUGGGAAAACGUGGUUAUCGACGAGAGCACGCUGUCGCCUCUGUAUCAAAUUACGGGGAUGCGGUGGUUCGAGCUCAACCAUCAUACACCGAAAAUAUCUCAACCAGAGGCCGUCCGCAACCUCGCAGCUACAUGGAAGCACUUGCGGGAGCUGUUGCUCGUCCCCUGGUCAGAUCACCAUUGCCAGCUUCGUCUCGAAGACCUGUCUUUCCUCUCGCGGAGUUGUCUUAGUCUGGUGAGACUAACUGUCCAGAUAACUCCCGUGGGCGACGGCUGGGUGUGUGACGUCGAGACUCAUCGCUAUCAGCCUCCGUCUCCCCUAUUAUACCUCCACCUCUGCAGAUCCUACAUAUCUCCCCGCGCAGAAUUCCAGGUUGCCGCCUAUCUCGCAAAUAAUUUUCCAUCUGCCACUAUUUCGCACGACUUUCCAACUCGUCCGCGUACCUGGGAAUGGAGUCAGAGACUCCUCUGGGUUCUGUCCGGGCCGCCUGCGCGCGAAUUGGACGCGGGCGAAACUAUUGAAAGGAUCAACGAGCUGAAGAAGAAGUUAGCCCGCGACACUAGUGGCAAGGACAGACACAGGAGGUUAUAAAGACGCCGCGUGGUAGAUCCAGCAAUGUUGCUCUCGUCUGUGCUGUACGGCACACGGCACCAAUACCAGCUCGUACGUUUCAUGCAUUCACCUGCGGACUGUGCAGAAUCAGAUAGAGCGUGUCCAUUUUCGCUGCAGUUCGUAAUCUUCCAUCGUCGUGUCUCCUGCUUCAAACUUUUGUUCAUGUAGCUUUAUUCGGGUUAGCCAGCCGUCAGUACGAUUCAUCGGCGAGAAUUCGACCUCUCCACUGCUUGGUAGAGAUCAUCUC